AUGGUUUCUAAAUACUUUUGCAGUCUCGGAGACUCUCGCAUCGUUCAAAGCAUCAAAGCUGCGGAUUCUAAAGUGCUUUCCAUACUUGAUGGAUCAGUUUUUGUCGUCAGUAAUCAGAUACUGCAUAACGUUUCUAUGAUAUCAUUAGAAAAGCAGAUUGAUGCCCUUUUUGCUCACGGCGAAUACGACGAAGCUAUAUCGUUGUAUCAGACGAAGCUAAACCAGCGUUUCGACGUCGACAGCCUGGUGAAUUUCAUCAGUCUGAAAAAGAAAAUCGCUUUUCGAUAUAUAGAGGAGAAAGUAUUUGAGAAAGCUGCGGAGCUACUCGUUUCAACAGAAGUUAAUCCGGAAGAGGUAAUUCGAUCAUUUGAAUGGCCAAACGCUGAGAGUAUAUUGAGCAACACUGUCACUUCUCCCGAUAGCUACCAGUUUCUGGAAGAGUAUCUGUUGCAGAUUAGAGGCACGCACUUCGCGAUUUCACCACGAGCGAGCGUAGAUACGGCACUUUUGAAACUGUUCGUGCUUCAUCACAAGCUGGACGAUGUUUUUCAUCUCGAGAACUUCCAUCCGAACUAUGAGGAAAGCGCGUCUUUCUUGGAGAGUACGGACCAUCAUAAUCAUGCAGCUGAGAUGUGGUUAUUGGCUGGAGAGGCGUCGAAAGCUUGGGAAAUUUAUAGGCGGCUCUGUUCUGGAGAGCUGAAAGACACGACAUUCAACACUGACCGUGUUAUCGAACGGGUUCCAUCGUAA